GAGCAAGCAUCAGUCCCUCACCAAAACCCGGAGCCUCACAUCGUGCCCCGCAGUCGCAAGACCAUGUCCUUAGCGGAAGGCGUGUCAGACACCGACCACAGGCCAGAGACGCAGGAAGACAAGAACGGGAAGAAGAAGGAGGUCAGGCGGGGGCAGAUGUCAGACUCGUUCAUGUGGAAGGAGCAAAUCCACACUUUAAUGAAGGGCGGAGAGAGCGAGUCCGACAUAUCGGACUCCGAGAACUUCCUCACCAAGGGCGCGUUCCUUCUCACUCCCUCCCACGGCCUCAGCAUGGAGAAGGCGUCCACCAUCUGUGAGAAAAUGGAGUUCAAGGGCUGCUUCUCACUUACGAAGACUGCGACGGGGAUUCUAUUCAAGUUCUCUCACGUGGAUGAUUACCAGAUGGUGUUCAAGAAGGGAUUCCAUAAGGUCACUGGGUCCAGGUUUUAUAGGAAGAUCGCGAUCCCAUGCCGCCCUCAAAAGACGUUCACAAUCUACGUGUACGACAUACCGGACGAGGUGCCUGAGGAGGACGUCCGCCACGCGCUGUAUAAGUUCACGUCAGUCGUGGAAGUGCUGCGGCUACACUUCUCAGGGUCGCCACGAGAAGGCACGUCCACUCCAAAGCCGCAUGACAAACCGUCGCGGGCGCUCACCACCAUCGACGGCGAGCUGGUCAGCAGCAUGGUGCCCAAGGAGGCAACAAGCGUGCUCCGCGUGACGCUGGCCAAUAUUGAAGAGGCCAACAUCCUGCUGCAGAACGGCCUGGACUUCUACGGCGCCACCUACUUCCCCACAGAGCUGGCCACUCCCGCGCAGGCCGCUAAGCUCAUCAAACCUAGCAGGGUAACAGGAGGAACGGUCUCAGCUCGCGUCCGCGAUCUCCUCCCCGUCUUUGACCAGGCCGGAUUCACCAAGUUCAACCCCCCGGCCUCCCGUCUCGUAAAACCCAGGUCCAAUAAGUAACCGGAAAAUCAACAGGGGCAAAACAUACCGACGAAAGCUAAAUUGAUCUGAGAUUUUCCAAUUUCAAAAUACUUUUACUGCUGUGACGCAAUGACCCGAAGUGGAUCUUGGCCUCCGACGCCAUGCUACUCUGUUCAAAGCUGUUUCUGUCCAGUCGGCGCCAAGUUCGCUAAGGUCUCAAAAUAGAUCUGAAAUGUUCAAUAUUUUCGAAUCUGUUCGUUUCGGUUCAGAUCAGUUCGGCGCUUCGGCGCCAAGUUCGCUAAGGUCUCAAAAUAGAUCUGAAAUGUUCAAUAUUUUCGAAUCUGUUCAUGUUUCGGUUCAGAUCAUGGGCAUCUACAUAUAACUUGAUUCGUUUGUCUAUUUGCCUCUCCAUCACUUGCUUGCAAUAAAUAGAGAGGUAGAUAUUCAAUUAUCGUCGUAAGGCCUCAGAUCUCGGAUUUUCAUAGACAUGUCUACGUGCUAAGUUCUCGAGUAACUUUUGAAUCAGGCCAGUUUAAAUGCUUCUAUCGGUGGCGCCUUGCCCCGCUUUUCAUCAAGACUUAAUCGGAACAUCUUUCAUCGGGACAUCAUCAACUGGGACAUCAAGACGUCAUCAUAUUCAUCGGGACAUUUUUCAUCAAGACAUCAUUCUGAAUAACCAAAACAUUAAUCAAUUAUCUCAAGAUCUCUGAACAUUUACAUAACUUACGCAAUUAUGCUUCCUUUAGGAACCAUCACGCAUCUUGUCAUGAAUAUCAUCAUCUGUUACUUCAUUAGUAUUUUACUUACUAAAGAAUUUAUUAUUACAGCUUAUGAAGAUCUGGGACAGCACACACGAAAGUAACAACUAAAACGUAACUGCACUAAUUGUAAAUACAAUACAAUACCUACACUACACACUAUACACAGACAACUAAUUAAACUACGUUCUUAUCGAACUCAAAAAUAACAAAACACUAUCAAGAAUAGAAGACUGGUGUAUUUGCUAUUAAAAAGUCGCAGGCAUCUAUUUGUACUUAUACCUUAAUUUUGUUUUACCAUAGAGUAUCUAUUGUCAAGUAGCAGUAUGUCAACUACGAAAUAACUCGCGUUUUAAUAAAAACACUGGUGUAUGGAGUUUACACUCAUUCUUUACUUUCUCUAUGGUUUUACUAUCAUAAUAUCUAAGUUAUGAACUGUGUUUUCAAACUUACUCACAAAAUAAUGCAACACAUGCAUAAAUAAAUUAGUAAUCUUAAGUACUUGCUUACCUGAUAGUUAAAUACUUAUCUACCUAAGACCUAAUGUACAAAUUGUCUAUGUACCUACCUUAUUUGACAUGUAAAAUAUUAUGUUUUAUGAAUAAAUAAUGAAUGAAUGAAAUAUCGGUUAGGCCUCACAAAAACUCUUGUAGAUACCCUAAAGUAAGAAAAGGCAAGGAACACAACAAGGUGACUAGUAUAGGCAUGAAAAUGUCAGCGUCAUUGUAAAUCCUCAUGCUAAUAAUGCGAGGCCUAUAUUCACUGUUAUAAUUAAGUAACAUUUUAUAUUAUCAGCUUCAUUCACUAAAGCUUUGGACAGGUCAUACCAAACUGCAUUUACGGCUAAACUAUAGACUUAAUACUUACUAAUGUGCCAUUGACGUUACUUAAUACUUAGCUAUAUUAUUUUGUUAAUAAAUGUUAUAACAAA